GUAUGUGUGAUCACACCAGUUUAUGGAUAUUAUUUCUGGCUCUAGUUGUUAAAAUUCAAAUUUUACCAUGUAUAAUAUAAAUUCUUUGAUUUUGAACAAUAAAAUUUGUAUGAAAUUUGUAUUGACCUGAUUCAAUAUUUAAUUCUCUGGAUUGAUCUUAGGCUUUGGGUAAAACUUGAGCUUGCAGAGAUUUAAGGAAACUGUAGAUUGGUUUUACAUUAAUGUGACAGAAAUUAAACUAUGAGUGGUGCAUUCACUGUGACAAGCAUGCUACUAAUCAGAAUUUGAAAAAAAAAAGUGUUGGAAAAUUAUUUCUAGGGUAUGAUGGAAAAGGAAGUGCCAGAUGGGCAGGAGAAUCCCAGUGUAAGACUUGCUCAAAAUGUCCCCAGUGCUGAAGGGAAACAGAAGGAGGCCAGUGCUGUGUUAAAUAAAACGGUUGUUGACCAGAUUCAUGGCUACAUGGAACUGUACAGUGGCUUGGAAGUACAAACAAGAACCGAUGAGGUUUUUACAAAACAGCAAAACAGUUCUGAGGUAGAUUCAGGUAUAAAAUUAUCCAAUGAACCAGAGACUGAAACAGGUGUAAAAUUACCUGAUGGAGCAAUCCCUGAGGCAGGUAAAGACCCAAUUUACUGAAAAGUUUGUAGUUGAUAAUUUACAUUACAUAAAAACUACUGACAGAGUUUAUGUAGAAAGACAAUGGAACUUUCACAAUGAUACUAGAUCACAUUUGUUUCAAGUGAUGAACUUCUGUUUAAGGCAUUGCUGGUUAUAAGCAUAAAUGCUAAGAAUCUAUACAUUAAAAUAAUCAUUCUCCUCAUCCAAGGGCAAUUAUGGUAUGUGGUGACCUUUGGCCUUGAAAAAUUAGAAGGUGUUUUGAAAAUGCAAUGUAUGUGAUGAACAUUCUUUUCCAGUGGCUACGUCUCCUGGCGGCUCAACAGGAGGAUUUUUUGAUGUACAGGUAAGCUGAUUAUGUCGUGCAGUGCUGACAGUUUAAUCACAGAUAAACAACAACUAGUCAAUGAGGCAACUGACUUGUCACAUGGACUCAUUACACCAUUUUUUUCCCCCAGAUUGAUUUUAAUUUUUUUUGUUGGAUGUUUUUCAAUAAAGGAAUAUUUUUUAGUUUUUAAAAAAAAAAAUGGAUGAUGGUGAAUAUGAAUAAAAAAACUAUUUUAAGAUAAAACUGAGCGGCGUAACAAUUUAAUUAAACUUUUGUAAGGACUUAGCCUUAAAGAAGAGAUUGAUAACCAGUGUCGAAAACAAGAGAAUGGCCCGCUUAGUUGGUUUAUGUUACAAAUGACUGGGGCGGGGGUCAACAACAGAAAGCCAUUGUUCAUCAGAUAAUUUAUAGGGUGGGCAGAAAUUGCUGUGAUUUUUGAGGAGGGAAUUGUGAGGUGGAUGGGGUAAUUUUAAUAGAUUGUCGCAUCUUUGAGUUAAGGGGAUGUUUCUUUCCAUAAUAUUAUGUCUCUGACCUUCCAGACUUCACAUGAUAAUUAUGGUGUUAGUGACGGAAGCUCCUAAUUGACCAGAAAUGAGGGGUAGGGAUGGGUUAAUAGCUAGCAUUCCUGGACCACCUAGGGAGGUAGAGCAAUGUAUAUAAGAUAGAACUCUUUGUGACAUAAGGGAGGGUGAGAGAUUUGUGGACGGUCAUUAUGAGGUGGUAGAUGCAGUGGUACUAGACGUAGUCAAGGAUAGAACCGGUGAUAGACUAUUAGUCAAGUGUUAGAGUUAGGAAAGAAACUUUAAUGAAUUUGUUAAAUUAUGCUCAUUAAUAUAUCUUCGAUCUAUAACUGUUGCUGAGGAAUUGCUUGACCAUUUGUUAGCUUUUCUGUGUUUUCUUUGUUGUACUUCUCAACACCUGGACUAGUGAACCUUCACAAAGAGGAGCGGCCCCAUACCAGUCACAACAACACCAAUACCACUUGGUGCGUGACCAUAAGUACGGGCCCAUUCCUCACAAACUCACAGUAUCAUCCAUGCUGCAACAGUUUACAUGUAAGCAUUGCUGUCAUGGUAUGGAGCUAUCUAGGCUAUACAUGUAAGCAUUGCUGUCAUGGUAUUUAGCCAUCCAGCCCUUAGAUGUAAGCAUUGUUGUCAUGAUAUCGAGCCAUCCAGACUUUAGAUGAAAGUAUUGCUGGCAUGAUAUGGAGCGAUCCAGGCCUUAGAUGCAAGCAUUGCUGGCAUGGUAUGGAGCCAUCUAGGCCUUAUAUGCAAGCAUUGCUGGCAUGUAUGGAGCCAUUCAGGCCUUAGAUGCAAGCAUUGCUGGGAUGGUAUGGCGCCAUCUAGGCCUUAGAUGCAAGCAUUGCUGGCAUGGUAUGGAGCCAUCCAGUUGAAAGUAUUGCUGGCAUGAUAUGGAGCGAUCCAGGCCUUAGAUGAAAGCAUUGCUGGCAUGGUAUGGAGCCAUCUAGGCCUUAUAUGCAAGCAUUGCUGGCAUGUAUGGAGCCAUCCAGGCCUUAGAUGCAAGCAUUGCUGGCAUGGUAUGGAGCCAUCUAGGCCUUAGAUGCAAGCAUUGCUGGCAUGGUAUGGAGCCAUCCAGGCCUUAGAUGCAAGCAUUGCUGGCAUGGUAUGGAGCCAUUCAGGCCUUAUAUGCAAGCAUUGCUGGCAUGGUAUGGAGCCAUCCAGGCCUUAGAUGCAAGUAUUGCUGGCAUGGUAUGGAGCCAUCCAGGCCUUAGAUGCAAGCAUUGCUGGCAUGGUAUAGAGCCAUCCAGGCAACACACAACAAGAUUUAUUUACUUGAUAAGGUUGUUUUUUUUUAAAAACUUUUCUCAUAGGAUGUGUUUCCAUAAAGCAUAAUUGUUCUUAAAAUCUGUGUCUACCAGAUCAACUAAACACUUUUUAAAUUCUGUCAUUAGAUGUAAAAAAAUAUGUAUGCAUAUGUGUGUGUGUGGUUUUAUGAGUAAACAAAAUUUUAAGGACCUGAUGUUACUUCUUAUGAUCAGUGCCAUAGAAAUACAAGUAUGACAGUAUACUAUUGUGAUUCUGGAACACAGACCUAACAUACAGACAGACACAGACAGUGGUAACUUCUAAAACAGACAAAGAAGUUGUACCAAGCCAACACAUAGUCUUACUUUUAGAAUCAGAGGUGGACCGACAAUGGGGAAAUUAUGUUUCCUUGUCUUGAUUUUCUUUGGGGACUCUCCAUCUGUUGUCUGAAAUGGUGGGACACAAAUCAAAAAAAAUAUCAAUGCACACAGCAAGUUGGUUAACCUUUGACCUACAUGCCCAGUGUUAAGUUGUAAUUUCCCUGAAUCUUUAUAGUUAUCUCCUUUCUUUAAUAUUGGGUUGUCUCAUAAAGCUAUGAUUUUUACCCUACAGCUGCUGUCUGUGCCCCACCAUAUUGGAGAUUUACAAAUGAACGAAUGAAUUCAUUGUUGAAGACAUUAUAAAAUAACUAAAAAUAAAGUUUCACCUACAAAUACUUAUUAAAGAAAUUCAUCUCGGCGAAUAAGUCUUAAAGUUUAAAGCUUACGUCAGAGUCAGAGCUGAGUUCUUCUAUGGGCAGGCCAAACUCAUCGUUGGGCUGCAGAGAAAAGGGAGAUAAGUCCGUCACUGUUCUGUCAUCCACGACACUGCCAUCUUCCGUACGAGUCUUACCGGAGGUCUGUCGAGAGUCUGGUUUGGCUGGUGGUAAACAGAUUAGGAUAAGUAACUGGUGUGAUUCAGAUGGUUUUUUAUGUCUUACGCUGGCUUACAAUAAGACUUAGAGGCUUAGAAUAAGAUCAUGGACUUGAUGUUCUCAUGGAAUAAGAUCAUGGACUUGAUGUUCUCAUAGAAUAAGAUUAUGGACUUGGUGUUCUCAUGGAAUAAGAUCAUGGACUUGGUGUUCUCAUGGAAUAAAAUCAUGGACUUAAUUUUCUCAAGUUGUGUUUACAUUUGAAAUCAUGAGAACCUAUAACAGGCCACUAAACCCUAAUGUCUCUACCCUUUGGGCACCUAAAACCCUAGGGUCCUAAAACAUUAGGCAUUUUAAACACUAAGGUCUCAUAAGGAAUGAAAUUUGAAGCCUAAAGAUGGUCAUCUAAAUCACAAGGUCCCUAUCCAUUGUACAGUAUCAUGUAAUUAUUGUUCUUAAUUCUUUUUUUUUUUUCAAUUAGGAGAGUGAACUAAUAGUAGUGUGAAUCUUUAUUGAUAACAAAAUAAAAGCAAUGAAAAUAUCUGAUAAAAUAAUUCUUAAGCUAGCACUGGCAUCAUAAAUAUCAACUCAGCACGUAUUAGUUAAGUGCUCUGUUAAAGUUAUGUGACUAUCAUAACACACAUUGAAUUUAUUCGAUGUAUUUGUUAGUUUCUGAUGUAACUGAAAAGGCCUGUUAGCACUGGGCCACCAGGGAGACUUGGGCCACCAGGGAGACUUGGGCCACCAGGGAGACUUGGGCCACCGGGGAGACUUGGGCCACCGGGGAGACUUGGGCCACCGGGGAGACUUGGGCCACCAGGGAGACUUGGGCUAUGGAAAUUGAAUCAACUCUAUUAAAUGGAUUUCAGUCGAGUUCUUCAAAAUAGAAACUAUGGGUGCACAAACGCGCACAAAACUACUCAAAGGAGAAAAUUAUAAGCUUAUAUUCUACAUUUAAUUUUAAUGUAUUUUAAGAUCAAUACAUUUCUGAAACAUAGCUUUCACAGAAUCAAUCCUGCUAAACCAUUAACAUAAGAAAUUCAGACGGGCCGGAGUAAAAAGUCUGUGAAACAUGACACAAUUUUUAAAUUCCAACAACAAUAAAUGUGCACACAAGUCCGACCAAUUAAAAGAAAACUAAAACAAAAAAAAAUAUAUCGGGAGUUGAAUGUACUGAGAAAAUUUAGAGAAAGCCCCCCCCCCCCAAACCAACCCCACUCUCCUAAAAAAAAUUUGUUACCUGAGAUGAGUUAAUGUCAUGCUAAUGUAAUUACUCAAAAUUGUACCAAGUGUACUAAUGCAGGCCUGCACAAAACAUGGUUGUGAUAUCAUACUUAAAAGUGAAAAGCUAUUGCUUUAAAAAAAUGAAAAUAUAUCAAUGACAACAAGGUGAAUCAUUCCUUUGAAAGGAUAUAACAAAGUAAAACAUUGAAAGGUCAAGGUGAAAGGUUGGAAAAUGUAAUUCUGGCAAUUUCUGUGAGCAAAUUGUUAACAAACAAAAAAACAUACCAUAUCACUGGCAGCCCUUUUAAAAGCUCUAGUUGUUUUAAAAAAAAAUAAAGAGAGAAAAUAAUUUUCAUGUUUUACAUUCUUAAAUAUUAUUUUAUAACACAUAUCAUCUUAACGCAAAUGUUCCCUCUAAUGCUCUUAGUUCACAUAUUACUAUGUGUUACAUGGAUGUACUUUGUAGCAUUUUAUGGGUAAAUCUCAUGAGAAAAUUACUGAAGUUUAGCUUUCAGAUUAUUCUUUUUUUUUAUGUGUGCUUGCAUGUUACAACCUGUGGGGACUCACACUUAAACAGUUAAGAGAGUAUAUUGCUCGUUCGUAAGUCCCACCAUAAUACCCCCAGUGAAAGCAUAUUACUUGGAGCAAUGAUGAUGCCCUUAAAGAAAGCCUCUUACUUGGUGGAUCCAAAUCAAAUGAUAAGUUUACAUGAUCAGUUUUUACACUACAAUGUAUUUAAGCUAAAAAAAUGUAGAGAAACCUAGCAAUAACUUCUAACACACGAUUAAGGCAGAGUGUGUAAACAAAGCAGCAAAAUGGAUAUAAGUAUUAGUAUUAGUAAACAUCACAACUUUCAAUAACAAUGUUAGAAAAAAAAUAUUAUAAUUUCUUAAUAUUAACAUGGUAUUUAUUUGCAGGCAUUGGACUGCAUACUUUUUAAAGAUAUGUUUUGUAUCCAAACCAAAUUAGCACAAUUUAAUGGGACCUAAUAAAUAUCAAAUUUUAUUGUUACAAGUAUUAGUAACUGUUCUCAUACACUUCUUUUUCUGAAACGAUUUUUGUAGCACUCAAAAGGGUUUAACUUUUAUUUAUUUAAUAAAUUUUAAUGAAAUGGACAAAGUUUUUUUUCUUUGGCUUGUUAAAUAGUCAGUAAUGAAACUAUGCUAUAUUUGAGAAGCUCUUGCAGAAAAAUCAAGUUUGUUUAUUAUUACCAAGCUGAGACCUAUGACCUGAAAUAUUGCAACUUGAUGAAGAUCUUAAUUCUGAAAUUAUUAUUGAAAAAUAUUUUCAUGAGGGGUAUAAAUCUUUGUUAAAGUUUCUUGAUGAGUUUUCUAUUUUCAUUCCAUGCAAAAAGCUACUGCUUUAUUUUUACGUGUUGUUAUCUAAAAAGAAUUUUUAUAAUUAAGCUAAUGUAAUAAUAUUCCUAAAAGUUUUCUUUAAAAAGAAAUCAUACAGAGCUGAAUCUCUUAAAUGGUUGUCUGUAAUUUCUUUAUAUAUACAUUUUUAAGUUUGUGAGUUGUAUAUGGCUCAUUAUAAAGUUGUAAAACAAUUGCAAUUCUUACCUUGGCUUGGUGAUAAUAUUCUGCCCCUUCCAGUUGUCUCAACAUUAUCUUUCCAUUUCCAGUCAGUUUGGGUAAAGUAUGUUACAAACGUGACUUUGCGACCAUCAAAAGUUGUUCUUGACUCUUUCAACUUCUUCAGUUUUUUAUGCCUGCAAGAAAUUUUAAAAAAUACUUUUGGGAUACAUCUUAAAAGCAUUUUGUUAUUUACCGUAUUUAUUGGCAUAUAACACGCACUUUUUCUCCCUGAGAUAUAAUGUUAAGGACCCAUAGUACAUACCGCAUAGCGGCUCGAAUGGUGUAUGUUAUACCCCUGUGCGUGUUAUACGCCAAUAAAUACGGUAUUUAACUGCUGAUAAUUUAAUAUAAGACAGCUAAAUGAAAUAAAUUUCUGUAUGAACAUAGAUUAAAAGUUUUGAGACUACUUAUAAGAUAAGAAAAGAUAAGUUAAGAUAAGAUUAUUUUAUUGAUCCAAAUAAAUGGAGAUGCUUUUUUAUUACAUUGUACAUAGUCAAUUUCAGCACAUAAAUAAAUACAUAUUUUAAAACCAAGACAAACAUUUUUAGAACGAUGGAAACACAAUAAAUCUAAACUACUUCCUUAGCGUAAAAAUUAUCCAUCAUUUACCAAAAAAAUUUACUCCCUUAGCGACAAUAAUGACUUAGUCAUGGUAUAAAUCAGUGGUGGGAAAAAUAUGGCUACGGAGCCAAUAGUGGGCUUUUACCUCCGUUUUGAAUGGCACGUGCUCCCUUUUUAAAAAAUGUAAAUAAUCAUAUAAAUGGAAACAAAAAUUAACAUUUAAUUUAUAAUUUUGAUUGCAGAAGUUACUACUUUAUGGGGCUGUUUUGCUUUUCUGGUGAAAUCUCACUUUUCUGAGGAUAGACAUUUUCUUCUUGUUGUAGAAUUACAUUUUUCAGAAUGGGUAAAAUGCCCCAACCACCGUCUUUCACCCUUUAUGGCUCUCAUGCCUCUGUUACCUUUUGAAUUUGGCUCACAGUUACAAAAGUUUGUCCACCCCUGAUUUAGAAUCUUUUUAGAUCUAUAAAGUGAAUACAAAAAUAUUUUAAACUAAACCUUGGGUGCUAAGAUCUACACUUUUUUUUUUUUUGUGUGCUUUCAGUAUUUUUCUUAACCGGCAUAAGUAAGCUGUAAGAUUAUAUGAUUAUUUUUUAUAUGCUUUUCAUAGGAUAAAUGUAGGUCAAUUUAGACAAAUCUGGAGCUUCAUUCAGAUGUAGCAUACACUGAAAUUUUACCAAAUUGUAGGCCUUAGGAUUAUUACAGUUUUCAAGUAGAGUAUUUGAGUUAAUUUCUUUGAAAUAAAUAUUUUUCUUUCAUUCUGCAGCUUUUUAAAUCUGCUAAUAAAAAUGUCAUCCUUGCUUGCCAUGGAAGUGCAUCCCUAGGUGUAAAUAUGUAUUUAUGGCAAUCUAACAUUUAUCUGAAAUGCUCUCCUCCCUUUUCUUUAAGUAAGAUAUAAAAUGCCUCAUGCGGAGAUACUGAUCUUCCAAUGAGCGCCUCCCUUUGGAUUUCGACCUAUGCCUGGACAAGGACAUCAUUAAAAGGAUGGGGACCUGGAAUGUUCUUAAACAGAGCAGGGGCGCUGGCCUCCCUCAGUGAUGAAUUGAUAAGAUAUAGAAUCACUGUUGCUGCACAGCAGGAGAUAGAUGGAAAGACUCAAAUAUACAAAGUAAUAAGGAAUAUACAACUUUUUACAGUGAGUGGAAAAAACACCAUCAGCUUAGGAACAGGAUUUGCAGUCAAAAGAGGGACAGUAAAUGUAGUCAUUUAGUUUAAAAUAGUGAUUAAAAGACUAAGAACCAUAAGGAUAAGAGUUAAUAUGCUUAACAUAGCAUUAAUUUGCACACAUGCUCCAAUGGAAGCUGCAGAUGACAGCAUUAUAGAUACUUUUUUAUGAAACACUUGAUAGAAUAUUUGAUGAGGUACCCUGCCAUGAUAAAAUAGUCCUUGGAGACCAGUUGGCGAAAGAAACAGAUGUGAGGGGAAUGUAUAUACUUUUAAAACAGGAAAAGAAUGAAUUUCAAACAAGAUCAGAUAUGUGUAAAAGUAUGGAUGGAGAACGGAUCACAAAGUCCAUUAGGGUACUAGAGAGACAGGCACAACAUUUUGAAGGGAUGCUAAAUGGCUCACAUGGAGAAGCCAAUGAGAAUUAUGAUCUACCACAAAAAGACCGGGCCCAUUGAUCAACCAACCAACACUGAAUGAAACUAAAGAUGUGAUCUUUACCAUGAAAAAUAACAAAGCUCUAGGAAUAGACUUUAAUCACUGCAGAAAUGAUAACACUAAGCAGCACCAAACUGCAUCAGCAAAUACAUGACCUCAUAUCCAGAAUCUGGCAGGAGGAAGAAAUACCAAAAGAAUGGGUGUACUCAAAAUCCAAAUUCACAAGAAAGGAUCUACGUUGGACUGCACGAAUUAUAAAGGAAUCUCCCUACUUAUGUAACUUACAAAAUCCUCAUUAAACUAAUUGCAGGAAAACUGGAAAGGUAUUGUGAACAGAUCCUAGAGGACUAUCAAUUGAUCUAUCAAUCAAAAUAUAUGAUGCUCUACAGCAACUUGGAGUCCCAAACAAAAUGACCCAGCUUAUACAUAAGACUUUGGCUAACUCCAAAAUUAGAAUCAAAAGUAGAAAGUACUCGAGGGAGUUCCAAAUUAAUCAGGGCCCCAGACUAGGAGACACACUAUCAGGUAUCCUGUUGAACAUCACAUUAGAAAAAGUUAUGAGAAACAUACAUGUGAGCACCAGUGGAACUAUCACAAACUACUUCCAGAGAAGCAUUACAGAACCACAACUUUAUAUAGCCAACCAUUGCAGUACCUGGUAUAUGUGGAGGACAUAGUGCCACUGGGCAGAAACAGUAAUGACAUAAUUAAAGCAUUAACGCAGCGGUUCUCGACCUGUGGGUCGCAACCCAUUUGGGGGUCGCACGACCUUUCCCAGGGGUCGCCUCAGACCAUCUGAAAACACAUAUGCUCUACAUUUAUGAAGUAACAACGAACAUAAUUUUGUGGCUGGGGGUCACCACAACAUGAGAAACUCUAUUAAAGGGUUGCGGCAUUAGAUAGGUUGAGAACCACUGAAUUAACGGAACUUGAAGUUGCCUCAAUUAAAGCUGGUCUUGAAGUAAAUGAAAUGAAGACAAAAUAAAUGAUAAUGCAGCAACACAUACAAACUGGUGACAUCAAAAUAAGCAAACACACCUUUGAAGGAACGGCUAAUUUCAAAUAUCUUGUAGCUACUAUAAAUGAGCACAAUGAAAUUAUCAUGGAGGUGAAAGAAAGGAUAACAGUAGACAACCAUUCUUAUUUCAGCCCACAAAAGCUACUAGGAAGCAAAAACCUUUUAAGGAGAACACUUAUAAGACCAGUUAUAAUUUUGCAAGUAAAACUUGGUCCCUUACCAGAAAAGCAUAGAACCUCAUCAACCCAUGGGAGAGGAAAAUCCUCAAAAAAAUAUAUGGUCAGGUGAUAGAUGAGGAUGGAUGCAGAUAUGUAUUAAUUUUAUAAAGACCCACCAAUAUUUGCAACAAUUAAAAAAGGCAGACUGCACUGUAGAGAAGGCCCGGUUGUAGAGCGGCUAAAGUUAUCUACAGGUAGAAACCUGGGGAAGACGGCUUACCGGUCGACUAAGCCUGAGAUGGAUUGACGAUGUAAAGAAGGGGUUACAUCAGCUGGUAGGUCCAUGCAUUAAGAUAUAAAGCCAUGGAUCAAUCCCAGUGAAAGGAUGUGGUGGAACAGGCCAGGGCCCUAAAUGGGCUGUAGCACCUAUGAUGAAAAUAUAAAAUGCAAUAUUGGAUCCACCAACCUUUUCUUAAUGGAUUUACUUUUUCCUCUAUUAUCAUCAUCUGUUGAGUUAAGCUCCUUGGUUUCCUUCUGCGCAGAUUCUUUAUUUUUAAAAAUGAAGUAUAUAAAUAUAAAAAAUAAGAUUUGGUUAUUUAAUACAACAGUCCUGUUUAUGCAUAUUUACCACGCAAAAAAAAAGGAAAAAGAUAGAAAAUUCAUCUGUAGAUACUUUACUAUAAUAGAAAAAGAAUAUAUUAUUACUACCAAUAAUUAGAAUAGAGGAAUUCAUCACAUUCAUCUGCAUGUUAAUUAAUUAUAAUCAGAUCAAUUUGAAUUGUGCUUGUUUUCAUUCAUAAUGACUCAUAGUAAUUGAUUGACUUAUAUUUAUAUUUAUUUGGAUUGACACAAAAUAUAUUUAUAUGCCCUUCAACAAUAGUAAUAAUUAACAUAGUUCUAUACAGACUAUAACAAUACAUCUAAAAUAUUAUUUUUUACUACUACUAUUAUUUACUACUACUAUUAUUUUUGUUUACCCUUUUCUUGAAUACCUCGAGGAUUUAGCACUGAGAGUUUAUCAUUGUUCAUAAAAUCUGUUAAUGGUACUUCAGUAUUUAAAUUAUCUUCAUCAUGGUUGGCAUCAGUGCUGUCAUCUGACUCAGAACUUUCCAUUGCUAAACUUAAACUAUUAUCAACCUUAUUUUGAAUAAUUUAAUUUUAAUUAUCAUAUUCAAAUGCUGCAAAGCUUGACUUUGACAGAAGCUUUGCUUUGGCUUUAUAAACUUGAUAGUCACUGUGCUUGUCUUGAGAUCCUACUACUCUGCUGUACUGUAGAAUGAUUGUAGUGGCAAUUGUUCAACUCAGUUUAGUUUAAUGUUAUAUUCUUUCCAUGUCCAUAAAUAGUUAGGUCCAUAAAUUUCUGUUAUAAUAAAUUUUUUAAAGGAGUAAAAUAUAAUUUAUUUCAUUAUAAUUAUAAUUAUAAUAUAAACAAUACUUAUUUGUAUUGGGAAAGGAAUUGUAUGGAGUUUAGAUGGGAAAUCAAAAUGGACAAAAGUUGAAGGACUUAACAUUAUUACUAUUGCUUACUAAAUUACUAGUAACAAAUUGAAAUGAGAAAAACUCAUUUACUCAAUUUGAAUAAAAAUGUUGUUUUUGAAAUAUUUUAAAAUUUAAUACAUGCCAUGCCAUUUGCCUGCGCAAAACUAUAAUUUACCUUACCAAAUACUAUUGUAAAUGAAUUUAUAGGAAGUUCAAAAUAGUAUAUAGAACACUAUAAAAUGGAGGAAAAAACAUCGCUAAUUUUUAAUUUACUAGUAUACUAGUAAUGCCAAUAUUAAGGCUUUAUUGACUUUAUUGGCACAAAAAGAUAUCCAUUGCCAUUGUUUGGCUGGUACAUAGCGACGGUGAUGUAACAUGAAAAAAAAAGGUAUGUUUCCUCAAAUAAAUUUAAAAGAAAAUAAUGCACCGUUGUAUUUAUAUAUCAUAUAAAUUUCUAAUUACAACUUAAGUUGCUAACAAUAAAAUAUUCGGUAUACCAAAUUAUUCUUUCAAUUUUUAAAGUAUAUUUAUUUUUUUGUGUUAUGUGUAUUUACGACAUUCAUGAAAACACUUUUGCUUUUACUAAAGUGAAAACCAAAGUCACGUGACAAGUAUUUUUAGCAGCUGUAUGGCAAAUGAGGACUGAAUUAAAUCUCUGAAAAAUAUGGUUUUAAAAAGUACCGGUAAUCAGUGUUAUCAGCGUUAAUGCUGAAGUCCUAAUAUCUCUUUUACCCAUUUGUACUUUUGAUUUAAGAGUUACGAAUAUCUACGACUACGGUAGUUUAAGGCGUCACCACAGGUUGUCUUUACUUGACUUAUAAGACUAGAGUUAAAUUAAAUAUGGCAUGGUGACAAUCGAAUGACCGAUGGCGCCGCCGCCGACAUUAUAUUUCUCAUUUAUAUAUUAAUAUUAAUAUAUUAUUCAAAUUCUUUAAUAAUUUCUAGGCCUUGGCAUCCUUAGUGGUGGGUUAGGCUUUCUACUACUACUACUACUAACUACCAUUACAUUUUUGGAAAGUCAGAACAUCCAUAAUUAAUGAAUAACCUAUUGUAAACUUUAUAAUUAAUAUAAUAAUUUAAAGGGGCCGGUUUAAAGAAUAGUAUUCAAUAUUACCUGCCUUGUUUUAGCAACUUUUGGGUCUUUUCUAAAUAUGUUAUUAGUAUAAGCGUUUUAGUAGAAUCAGAAAGUAGCAAAGUCUUAGUCUUACUAGUCUUUCAUGUGUGAAAAAAAACUAUGGUGCCAAACUUAGUUGGAUUUUUCUUUUUUCCCCUUUCUCAAAUCAUAGUCAUAGUGAUUAAUAUUAAUAAUAAUCUCAUUCUUACUCACUAAUGUAUGGAAAUGUCAUGUCUGCCUGUUUUUCUUUCGUAUAGUAUUGACAGUAUUGAUAUGAAUAUGUAAAUAGGGCUGAGGAAAAGGCUAAAUCAUAUUCAAAUAAUUAUAAAAAUUUCAUCACUAUUAGUAUUAGUAUUCCUCAGUAAUUCUCAGAUAACUAUACAUUCCUAAGGAUCAUUUCACUGAUAAUUGAGUUGAGAAGUUUAAAAAGAUCAUAUAUUGUAAAACAUUUUUGUAAAAAAAUAUGUUAAGAAUUUUAAAAAGGAUUCAAUGGCAUAUUCUGAAAAUUCAAAAUUCCAUGCUUUUCUAAAGGUUGACUCUUUUAGCGUUAGUUUCCGAAAGAUCUUCUUCUUCUAUUUAUUAAGGGCCCACGAUCAAUUUAUUGAUCUACACUAUAUGUUAUUUGAUUGGCCACCAUAUAUGGUGAUACAAUUAAAUAAUGGUGAAUUUGUUCACUGUAUAAAAAAAACUUUGCAUAUAAUACAGUAGGCAAUAAAUAACUGUUUCAUUGAAAUGACAAAUAAUAUACAAAGUUAACUUCCUUUCAAUUGAAAACAAUUGUAGGAAUUUCUGAUGUCCAUUGAGUCACUUGAUGAUGCUGACAGAAACAUGGAAACUGGUUGCGGUGAUGCCAAACAAGAAACUGACAUAAGACGAGAAAGCAUCACAAGACGAGAAAGCAUCACAAGACGAGAAAGCAUCACUAGACGAGGAACUAUCACAAAACAAGAAUGUGAAGAAAGUGACACAAGACAAAAUAGUUAUACAUCUAAAGCUAAAAAUGAGCCCUCUUCUGUCCCCAUUUCUGCCACAGAGAAUAAAGCAGUUGGGGACAGCUGGAGGACAGAUGAGCAGUACAUUCUAGCCAUAGAUGUUGGCACCACUAACAUACGAGGUCAUGUUUACACAAAGUAUGGCAGACUCAAAGGUUCCGCUUCAAAGCAGGUAAAAAAAAAUUUUGGCUAAGCCAGUGGUUCUCAUCAUUUAUGUGGUUAUGUGACGUUUUAUAAAAAAAUUGUUGCAUGCUCUUGACCUUACUAAAAGAGCGGCUCACCAAUAUUAGUAUCAAGUUUUAUAUACAAACCAUCUUAAUGUUUCUCACUAUUCUUGGUGCACCAAAUAAAUUGUGAUCCCAUUAAUAUUGGCAUCCGUUUAAACAUUUUUAAAAUUAAUUAAUCCCUUGUAAAUGAGCUAUGUAGCGUGCAGACUCAUUUUAGUUGAUUUGUAAUUGUGUUGAAAGAUAAUAUACAUUUUAUACACCCGUAUUGCUUGUACAAUGAAAAUAAUAUUUAUUCAAGUGUGGAAAAAAAAAUUAUUCACCUUUUGUACUAUGUGGAACUAUUUUUAUUUCUAGCAAAAACUGCUUCAGCCGCAGCCUGGCUGGUUUGAGCUGGACCCUCACAUGCUAGUGGACAACGUAAAAAGUGUUGCCCAUGACUGCAUCUCAGGUAAAUGAUCACCAGGUAUUGUAGAACAUCAGAUUAAUUAAUUCAGAAUGUUAACAAAGUCAGGGGUAGUGAAUACAAUCUUAAGUUAACAAUUAUCAUGAUAAAAUUUUUAUGAUUUUUGUAUUUCAUCCAUCAGUUAUUGUUUUAAGAAAUAAAUUUGUUUCUUCAGCUGUUGGUAUUGGUAUUUGUUUUAUUACAUGAAAUAUCUGUUCCUCCAGCUUCUGGUCUUCAGCACCAUCAAAUAACUUGUAUGGGUUUCACUACUAUGAGGGCAACAUUUAUUACCUGGGACAGGUCAGUUUUAUUGUGUUACAAUGACUUAUAGACAUCUAUUUGUGGUAUGCAAAAAUCCCUAUAAUCUGACACCUUUAAUAUAUAGGGAUGGCCCCAAAUUUACUGAUUAGCUAUUGUUCAUGGCUGAAUUUAAUCUCAUAAGAGUUGUUGCUCAAAUAUUUUUUUGAAUAAUGAAGUCCUUCAUGUUAUGCUGCGGAUACAAAAUUUCUGAUGUUUAGAACUGUAUUGAAGAUUAUUUUCUAAAUAUUCUUCUGUAAUUUCAACAUUAUUUUUAUUAAUUUUUUUUCCCUUGGAUGUUGUGGUUGAUGAACUAUUGAAUAAAAUAGAAAUAUAAGAUAUUUCGAAUAUAUUUGAAUUUAACUUAUUUAUAUCAACUUUGUUACAUUUCGACCGAUUCAGUGAAACGGGGCAACCAUUCCACAACCUCAUAACAUGGCAAGACCUGCGAGCAGCUGACUAUGUUACAAUAUGGAACAAAUCGUUCACAUUACGCACCCUGAAUGCAGGGGCCAAGUUUCUCCAUGUCUUGAUGAGGAAAACGAGGCAUUUGGCUGCAAGUGUGCUCAAGUUCACAUCCAAACAUGUCACAAUGAGGCUUUUGUGGGUGCUUGAUAACAUUCCAGAGGUAUGUAGGAUCAGCCCCAGGGAUGAUUGACCAAAUAUAGCACCAGUUGUAUCUCUGUUUGAUUUUCCACCACUAUCAAGUUUGUCGGUGCUGGCUUUCUCUCCAAUGGAUUUUUUAAAUGUUAAAUUUCUGACCGAUAGAAUUGAGAAGAUGGUUGGGGCAGUUGCUACUUGUUUUUGUCUUUUUUAACUAUGCACAAAAAUUACAUCAGCUGGAAUCAGAUAACUAGGAUUAUCACUGUCUGCAUAUUUCCUGAAUAAUUAACCAUGGGGAUGUGAUUGCUUUAUUUGAUAAAGAUUGAGAAGAGUUGUUCUACCCAUGAAGGGACUUAGCAACAUUUCAAUCUUUUCAACUGUCCAUUCUGUCCUUCUAAAUUUACUUAUCAUUUAAGAUGGCAGAGCUUCUAUUGGAAAAUUUCAGAUCCGCAAGAGAGCCUCGGAGGGCAAAGUAAUGUUUGGCUGUAUUGAAACCUGGUUGCUAUGGAAACUGACAGGUGGCAAACAACAUGUGACUGACUACUCAUGUGCCAGCUCAACUGGUUUAUACGACCCGUUUCAGGUAACAAAUAAAUAGCUGGCUUUUAUGACCCAUUUCUGGUAAAAGAACAAAAACCAUGUACUUUCACUCUUUAUAAUCUCCUAAUGCAAAUAAUCUAUUUAAUUUUUGGUUGUUUGUUUAAUCAUUUUACUUAUUUUUCAUAAAAUUUGUAACUAAAAUUUGUAUUUUUUCAUUUUACUUAUUUUUAUAUUAUCAACUAAAAUUGGUAUUUUUUCAUUAUUUUUUUCAUAUUAACUUGAAAAAAUUAUGUUUGUCGUUUUACAUAUUUUUUAUAUUAUCACCUAAAAUGUGUUCUUUCAUUUUGGUUUUUGCUGAUGUAUGGGUUUAAUUCAUGAUGAUUCAUGUACCUCACAUAAACAUUGUCCGAACCAUACAGUGUAUCUUAGACUUUUAGCCACCCUGAACAUUUCAUCUGCUCCUACUUUUAUAUGAUGCAUGCUGCCCAAUGCCCUGUUCUCAUGUUGGUGUCAUUUCACAGAUGGAGUGGAGUAGCAUUGUGUGUGGUCUGCUCAACAUCCCCAUGUCCAUCCUCCCCAACAUCCUGGACACCAGGUCAGUGCCCCUGUUACGCCCCUUUGAAUAAUUUAUACAGCAAGCGCAACUCUUUGUUGAGUGAUCCAAGGGCAAUAACAACUAGAUUACUAGAUUGUUUCUGGCGCCAUCGAACUAAACAAAUUAAAUUUACUAAUUGGUUUGUUGGGAACAAAUUUCCAGAUGUUGUUGUCAAUAUGGAGGGGGUUUAAAGACUUCACCUCCACUCUCAAAGCCAUGGGGUUUUUCUGUAAGUUUGCAGCUCAUUCUUUUUGCUGACCCACGUUAACUCUCUCGCUCGCCGCAUUGUCUGUUUGAUGCUCACCCGGAGGGUCAUCUGAGCUGUUGACACAGAGUGGCAGCUCUGGUACGCUGAGACGAGGAAGGCUCACUCAGUUGUUGAUCGCUUCUUUGUCCAGUGAGUGGCAUGGAGAAGGGUGGGUCAGGGGAGCUCAGGUGAGAGCUGUGGCGUUUUUGGUGAAGGUCUGUUCCGGAGGAAUUAUGGGCAGAAAAAUCCAUUAAAAUCUACUUUUUUGGCAUUAUGUCUGGGUAAAAGUUUAAGCCACUCUAACCAUGAUUUUGUAAGAAUUCUUUGUUUUAAAAAAAUUAAUAAUUUUACUUUUUUCAUUGAUUUAAGGAUUACGAUUUAAGUGCGAGACAGUAGAAAAUGAAAUAAAAGUUAUUUUAAAAAAAGACUUUCUAUCAAAGACGUGUUACUUGAACACACUAAGAAGUAGAAAAAAAUUUAAAACUUCUUAAAAGUCUGUCCAGCAGAUAUUUUAAAAAAUUAAUACAAAUAAAAUUUGAAUGCUUUAGCUUCAUAGAGUGCUUAUCUACGCUUCUGCACAAUUUAACAAUCUUCAAGCCUCAUAGAGUGCUUAUCUACACUUAUGCACAAUUUAACACAAUAAAAAAUUACUUAAAUAAAAACUUUUCUAACAGCCAUUAUAAUCAUCAGAACAUUUACUGCAAGGCUGUUAUAUUCUACUGCCUUUGAGCCCCUACAAGCAAUAAUGGCUAUAUUCUACUACAUUUGAGCCCCUACAAGCAAUAAUGGCUAUAUUCUACUACCUUUGAGCCCCUAAAAGCAAUAAUGGCUAUAUUCUACUACCUUUGAGCCCCUACAAGCAAUAUUGGCUAUAUUCUACUACCUUUGAGCCCCUACAAGCAAUAAUGGCUAUAUGUACCAGUCUGACCCAGUCAAACCAAGACAAUGUUGUUUUCUCCUUGUUUUAAUGUGUGUCCAGCCAGAUCUUGUUUUAAUGUGUCUCCAGCAUGGGCGCCCGCAGGUAGGGGCAAGGUGGGACACUUGCCCCCUAAAGAGAAAGUAACUAAGCUGAUGUCCUUUCCGUUCGUUGACCAUACAAAUACGCUACAGUAAAUUAAAACUAUAUUAAAACAUUACUAAAAAAUUUUUGCUCCACCCCCCCCCUCCCUUAGAAAGUUUUAUCCGGGCGCCCAUGGUGUCCAGGCAGGUCUUUUUUCCAUGUGUGUCCAGGCAGGUCUUGUUUUCAACCAUUUCAAGUUUGAACGUUUGUUGACUCCUCAGUGGUGACUUUGGCUCAACUGAUUCAGAAGUGUUUGGUUUUGUGGUUCCAAUUACAGCAGUUGUGAGUACAUUUUUUUCUUUUGAAUUAAGCUUUAUUUUAAUUUUAUUCCUUCGUAACAGUGACAUUGUAACAGUGGAGUCAUAUCAUAACCAAACUCUGAAAUUGUAACAGUGUGGGGAUAUGUCAUACCCUUACUCUGACAUGGUAUCAGUGGAGUCAUAUCAUACUCUUAUUUUGACAUUGUAACAGUGGAGUCAUAUCAUGCCCUUACUUUGACUAACAGUGGAGUCAUAUCAUACCCUUACUCUGACAUUGUAACAGUGGGGGUCAUGUCAUACACUUACUUUGACAUUGUACAAGUGGAAUCAUAUCAUAUCCUUACUCUGAAAUUGUAAAAGUUGUGUCAUAUCAUACCUUUACUUUGACAUCAAAUAAUUCAUAUAUAGUUUUCAGAUUGUAGUUCAUGUUAGGAGUGUUAUGAAAAAUAAAUUUUAAAAAUGUGUUAAUUAAUUAUAUCAAUUUUAUAAAAGCAAUUACAAUCUUUCUCUUUGUUGAAUGUAUCUGCUUUAAGAUUGCUGAUCAGCAAGGUGCCAUGUUUGGUCAAUGUUGCUUUGAAGUUGGUGACGUCAAGUGCACAAUGGGUACGGGGACUUUCCUUGACCUUAACACUGGCAGCAAGCCCCAUGCAUCCAUCGCAGGUGAGGAUUAAUUUCUCUCAAGUGCUUUGCCAAGAAAGGUCAUUCUAUAGGGCGGGUGGGUUUUCAGUGGCUCACCCAGCAUGAGACAGUUCAUUUUUGUUUCUGUUUAAACCGACAACCGUGAUGUUCUGUCCAUCUGUGCAGGGCUGUAUCCAUUGAUUGGCUGGAAGAUUGGGAAAGAGCUUGUCUUCAUUGCUGAAGGACAGUGUGCUGACACUGGGAACAUCGUGGAGUGGAUCAGAUCUGUAGGUUUACUGACAGAUGUGGCAGAAAGCUCCGAUUUGGCCCUGUCUGUGCCAGGUAAUUUGCAUUUCUUGGCUGGACUUCUCCUUAUCAAGGAAAAAAAUAAUUUAAUAGCAACCGCCCCCCCCCCCCUUUUUUUUUGCUUGAAGGCCGUCAAAUUGCCUCUCUGCUUGUUGCAGUAUCUUGUGUUUGUUUCCGACCAGAUUCUGGUGGAGUUGUGUUUGUCCCUGAAAAAAAAAAUUUUAAAGCCACCCGCCCCCCCCCCCCUUUUUUUUUGCUUGAAGGCCGUCAAAUUGCCUCUCUGCUUGUUGCAGUAUCUUGUGUUUGUUUCCGACCAGAUUCUGGUGGAGUUGUGUUUGUCCCAGCAUUCAGUGGACUGCAGGCCCCGUUUAACGACGACAAGGCAGUGACCGCGAUGUUUGGCAUGAACCCCGGCACGACCAAGGCUCACAUGGUCCGAGCCAUCCUCGAGUCGCUAGCCUUCAGGUUCAAGGCCCUCUAUGAGACGGUGCUCUUGGAAACCAAGAUACCUUUAUCACAUGUCAGGUGAGAUGACCUCAAAGAUACCUUUAUCACAUGUCAGGUGAGAUGACCUCGACACCUUUAUCACAUGACAGGUGAGAUGACCUCAAAGAUACCUUUGUCACAUGUCAGGUGAGAUGACCUCGAAGAUACCUUUAUCACAUGUCAGGUGAGAUGACUUCAAAGAUACCUUUAUCACAUGUCAGGUGAGAUGACCUCGAAGAUACCUUUAUCACAUGUCAGGUGAGAUGACUUCAAAGAUACCUUUAUCACGUGUCAGGUGAGAUGACCUCAAAUUUACAUGUUGGCAAGAUAGGUGGGUUGAAAAAAAAGUCUGCCUCCGUCAUAUGAUGGCACUUGUUUUUUCAGGGGGUUACGUUUUCAUCAAGAGGCUGAAUGCUGACAUCGGGCAAUGCAUAAAUAAAUGUAACUUUGAUCAAGGUAACCAUGCAAUGCAUAACUACAGCUUCUUACGGUUGCCGUUACUUUUUCGUACCCAUCAGGGUGGAUGGUGGUGUGGCCAACAAUGACUUUCUGGUGCAGAUGAUGUCAGACCUGGUGGACCAAAAGAUAGACAGGUGUCAUCAUGGGGACAUGUCAUGUCUAGGGGCUGCUUUCUUGGCUGGUUUGUCCAAAGGUGAGAUCUCUUUUCUUAACAGUGUCAUACACCCCCCCUCCUCCAACAUCCGCCCCAAACAUAACAUGCAAACAUUCACAUCAUUAUGUUGUUUCAUGUUUGUAAUCUUUUUUUCAGACAAUGUGCAUACUGCCAAAAUUGUCCAGAAACCUAUUUUUGACUUAGAAAAUGAGCAUCUUGUUUAUCCAUAGGUUGGGGGCAGAUUUUUUAUCCACAGGUUGGGGGGGGGGGGGGGGUUCCUUUUUAUCCACGGUUAGGGGGGCAGCUUGUUUAUCCACAGGUUAGGGAAUGGAAGGGGGGGGGGUGUUAUUUUGUUCAAGAAUAAAAUAAGUUCAUACCUUGGACGGCCUUUGAAGAAUUAAGCCCUGCUGUCUUAAGGGUGUGGGACAGACGUCGUGACCACGCUUUAGAGCUGUGUCGCAAUGUUUGCUUAAAAUAGGUCAAUCAAAUUUCAUUGAACAUCAAUGCUGUAUCAAGCUAUUUUUUGUAUAUUGAUGAAUAACAAAGAAUUACUCUGCAUCAUUAAGAUUUAGAUGAUUUAAUUUGUCUACUCACCCGACCAGGUGUUUGGAAGGACAAAGAGGAGUUAUAUACCCUGCAGCAGUGCGACAAAGUUUUCGAGCCCCAGCGCAACUGGCCAUGGCUGAAAAUCCUCUAUCACAAGUGGGAGAACGCAGUUCAUAGAGCUCAGAAUUGGUAUCCAUCUUCACACUGACCAACAACAAAAUUGGUACCCAUCUUCACAAUGACCAACAACAGAAUCAGUACCGAUCUUGACACUGACCAACAAUGGAAUUGGUACCCAUCUUCACACUGACCAACAAAAGAAUUUGUACCCAUCUUCACACUAACCAACAACUGAAUUGGUACACAUUUUCUCACUGACCAACAAUAAAACUGGUACUCACCCUUAUGCUGACCAAAUGAUAUUCAACAUCAACUCUUAUUUCAGCCCAAACACAACAUACAAGACCGUGAUUUACUUAUCGAUCUGACAUUUUUGUACCAAAUAGCUUUUCCAGGUAACAUACUGCAUUCCUACAGCAAUAAUUGGUGGACUAUGGGCAACACUGUCACUGUAAGACCUUGAAAGGGAUAUUUAUUUUAUUUAAUGGCCAGUUGUUGUUUUUUUUAAACUUUGGUCAUAAACAAGAGAGUCUGGCCAUUUGUUACAAUGGCAUGUCUGUUUUUUAGUGUGUGCAUGUGCCAGAUUUUCUAAUGAUAAAGUAAAAACAGUCACCAGGACUAAAAAUUUUUUGGGGAAAAAUAAAACACUGGUCAAAUUAUUUCAUAAAGGUAUACAGCGGAUAAUUUCUGAAGUUAAGGCAGCGGUAGUCUGUUGAUGCCCGACAUCAGAUUUGUGGCCACCGUAAUCAAAUGUGUGGCUACUGACAUCAAAUGUGUGGCUACCAACAUCUUAUUUCUGCAGGCUGAGGGCCACUUCUGAAUAACAGUACCUCAAGCAUAUGAGCCUUAUCCAAUUUGUUACCAUCAUAUAAAUAUAUACUGUAUUAUAUAUUGAUCUGCAUUUCUGGUAACUCUACCAUUGUCCUCCUCACUGAACUUUCACUGUUACCCUCACAUGUUGAUGCUCAAACUAUGCCGAUGCUUGUCAGGUUUCAGCCUCUGACUAGGAUACAAUGCUGCAUGAAUUUAUAUAUUUAUUAUUUUUGGCUGGUGCAAACUUUUUAAAAAAAAUAUUGCAAUUAAAAAAAAAAAUUAUUUUUAAUUCAGGGGAAAAAACUUAAAUAAAUUUUAUCCUGAUGUUUAACUAAAUUUGCUGUUGUGUCCCUCUAAAUCAGAAAUUUUUUAUUUUAAUGCUUUAAAAAUGUUAAAAUUUAAAAUGUUUACUUGAUGAUGCAAAAAAAGUUACAAAUGUAGUAAAUGUUACAAAUGUGGUCUUUUCAUCAUCAGUCUGCUGGGCUACAAUGACCAAUUGGUGGAAUUUAUGUAAGGAAUGUUAUCAUUGUAGAUUAUAGGGCAGUUAUGAAUGUUGAAAGAAACAGGUGAUUGUCGUGACACACUGUACUAUGUACAAGCUUGAAAAGUAUUAAUCUUAUGUCAAUAUAUUUAAUCCCAUGGUAUCUGCAUGAAUACUUAUUUGUAUGCAAUGAUCUCUCUGUUAAGUAUUUUACUGUAUCUAACACAAUAAUAUGAAUCUAUGCAAUUGUUGGGUGGGUUUUUUUUGUUUUUUUAUUCUUAAAAAUAUUUUUUUAUUUUUAUCAGCUCCUCUGCACUCUUCCCUUGAUUUUUAAAUAUGAAAGAUACUAUUUUUAUGAAUAUUAAACCAAAUUAUAGGUAGCCCUCGGAUUACGUUGGUCCCAUUUACCUCAAUUCACAAUAACGUCGCAUGUCUGCGUGCUAGGAUUUAUCUCGGAAAAAAUCCUAAUCUAGCUAGAGAAUGCAUGCGUGCUAGGAUUCGAAGCAAGGGUACUCCAGCGUAAAAUGAGGACUACUGUUUAUCUAAAAAAAAAAAAAAAAAAAAACUUUACCAGUGGCUGUCGGUGUUAAAUAUUACAAAAGAAAAAGUUUGUUUUGAUGUUUGUCUGUUUGGGGCUAUUCCAGCGUAAAAUGAGGACUACUGUUUAUCUAAAAAAAAAAAAAAAAAAAACUUUACCAGUGGCUGUCGGUGUUAAAUAUUACAAAAGAAAAAGUUUGUUUUGAUGUUUGUCUGUUUGGGGCUAUAACUUUAUAAGUUAUAUAUUCCAUUGAUUGUAUUCAAUUAUUGUAAUUUAUACUUUUCUAUGCAC